AUGGGUGUCUUGUCGCCACCUCUGCAUCGCCGCUUGGCCAUGCGUAACCCCUUCACCCGCCUAAACUCCUUCGCCAAAGUAUGCGUAGGAGGAGUGGUGAUUCUCAUGCUCUUGGUCCUCGCCCUCGAAUCGGACAGUUCGGAUUUUAGGAGAACCUGGUUGAGAAAAAAGAGGCCACCCGUCUCGAGCGGCACUUUUAAAUCCGCCAAAACCCCGCUGCUCGAGUUGGCCAGCAACAACUCGACACCGUCUUGGGACGCCGCCCUCAGCUGCAACGACGACCUCGAUCACUUGCGCACGCUCAAGGAGCGCUAUGGCCUGGCCGAUGAAUUUGAAUACUACAAGCGCCACGUGCGCGUCUCUCGCGAGGACAUCAAACGCAAGUCUUUGACGGAGCUGAAGCAGACCUUUGCACCUGAAUCGUUCCGCCUGGUCGACACCAGCAUCGCAUACCCGGAGAAGCAGACCUGCCAGGAGCCACUCGAAGUGCCCGUCAGCAGCUCCCCCUUCCCGUCGACGGCCAACCUAUCCGAUUUCAUGUUUGGCGUGUCGACCACCUACGCCCGCUUCACCGACCCCAAGACCAGCCCGGUCAAGGAGUGGUCGUACUGGCUGACCGACUCGGCGGGUGGCUCCAACGGCGGCAAGCUGGUGCUGCUGCUGGUCAACGCCACUCGCGAAGAGCUGACCGACGCGGCAUCGCAGCUCGGAGCCGUCGGCAUCGACGCCGACGUCUUCCGCGCCGACCCCGACGACAUCAUGGCCGUGCGCUACAUGUCCCUCGUGCCCACCAUGUACAAGCAGCCCGAGCGCGUCAACAAAAAGUGGCUGGUCGUGUGCGACGACGACACCUUUUUCCCGUCGCCGCACGCGCUCGUCGAGAAGCUGGGCGAGAUGGACCCCUCGCAGAAGCUGUACGUCGGCACGCUGUCCGAGGACAUCAACAACGUGCAGCGGCACGGGUCCCAGGCGUUUGGCGGCGCGGGAGUCUUCAUCUCGGUGCCCCUGGCGCGCGACAUCUCGGACCUGUUCUUCAGCUGCAGCACCGAGGAGAAGAUCAACGAGUCCAACAGCGGCUGGGGUCCGCAGGGCGACAUCAUCCUGCGCAAGUGCAUCUACGAGAACACAGCCACGCGCCUGACGAACCUGUGGGAGCUGUGGCAGAUCGACCUGACGGGCGACCCGUCCGGGUUCUACGAGUCGGGCAUGCGGCCCUUGUCGCUGCACCACUACCGCGGCGGCUUCUGGCCCGUGGCGCACCCGUUCGAGUACACCAAGGUGUCUCACCUGUGCGGCGAGGACUGCAUGAUGCAGCGGUUCCGCACCGCCGACGACUGGGUCCUCUCGACCAGCUUCAGCGUCGUGCACUACCCGCAAGGCAUGGACGACCUCAACAUGCGCCAGCUCGAGAGGACGUUUGCGCCCGCCCCCGACGACAAGGGCUGGAACUUUGACUACACUUUUGGCCCGCAGAGGGAGUCGCUGCUCAGGACGGGGCGCAAGAUCUCGUGGGACCUUCAGGAGAGCACGUUGCAGAGACACGCCAACGGCAGGAUUACCGUCAGCCAGAUCUACGUGCGGAAGCAGAAUGAUGGGAGGUGGGUUGACGAGUACGAGAGGCCCAUGAGCAGGCACGAUGGCGUGAUUGAGCUGGUUUGGAUUUCUUGA